AUGUUAAGAACCCAGUUCUCCAAAGCAUUGUUGAGAUCACACAGAGUGAAGGCGUGCGCCCGUGUAGCUACAGCAAUCACGUCAAGAAGAUUCGUCUCUGACACGACCUCAGCUACAUUCAGAUCCAUUUAUGAGAAGGGAUCAAGCACUCCAUCUCCGUACGAUGGAACGGACAGUUUCCCAAGACGCCAUUUAGGUCCCACUCCCAAAAAUGUUGAAGAAAUGUUGAAAGAUUUGAAAGAAUCUGACUUGGAUUCGUUCAUAGCAAAGGUCGUGCCUGACAACGUCCUGAUAAGAAGAAGCUUAAAGGUACAGCCCUUGAAAGGUUUCACCGAGUCUGAAAUGUUGGCUGAUCUAGCCAGAAUUGCCGAGAAGAAUGACUUGGUUAAGCCUUUGAUUGGUAAAGGAUUUUAUGGCACCAUUAUCCCUCCUGUGAUUCUUCGUAAUUUGCUCGAGAAUCCAGGAUGGUACACAUCUUACACCCCAUAUCAGCCCGAAGUAAGUCAGGGACGAUUGGAAAGUUUACUCAAUUUCCAAACUGUCAUCAGUGAUCUGACAGGCCUCCCGGUCGCCAAUGCUUCUCUUUUGGAUGAGUCGUCUGCAGCUGCAGAAGCAAUGAUUCUCAGUUUUACCUCACUGAAAAGUAAGAAGCCCAAAUAUUUUGUUGAUUCCAAUAUUCAUGAGCAAACUUUAGCCGUUUUAAAGAGUAGAGCCCACACUCUCAACAUUGAGGUUGUCGUGGCAGACCUUACUACAGACGAAGGUUUUGCAACUUUGCAAGAGAACAAGGAUCAGUUAUGUGGUGCCAUGGUCCAAUAUCCUGCCACUGAUGGUUCAAUUAAAACGUUCAAGGCCUAUUCAAGGAUUGCUGAACUUGUUCAUAGUGUUAAAGGUCUAUAUGCUGUCGCUUCUGAUUUAAUGGCUCUUACGUUACUCCACGCACCUUCUAAGUUUGGUGCCGAUAUUGUCUUCGGUAGCUCCCAAAGAUUUGGUGUCCCUUUAGGCUAUGGAGGUCCUCAUGCUGCCUUUUUCUCUGUUGUUGAAAGCCUACAACGAAAAAUCCCUGGAAGAAUUGUUGGUGUUUCAAAAGACCGAUUGGGAAACAACGCUUUAAGAUUAGCUUUACAGACCAGGGAGCAGCAUAUCAAGCGAGAAAGGGCCACUUCUAAUAUCUGUACUGCACAAGCAUUGUUAGCCAAUAUUGCGGCCAACUAUGUCGUUUAUCACGGUAUUGAAGGCUUGAGAAACAUCAGUAAGAGAAUUCAUGGAUUCACUACUCUUCUUGCCAACUCCAUCAAUGAAUCAUCAAAUUACAGGGUGCUGAAUGAGAAAUGGUUUGACACUCUGAGCGUUGAUGUGGGAAGUGCGGAUGAAUUCAUUGCUAAGGCACUUUCUAAGAAUUUCAAUGUUUUCAAGGUUAAUAGCUCUACUAUCCAAUUGUCAUUAGAUGAAACAGUUACAAAGGAUGAACUGACGACGUUGAUUAGUCUUUUUACCGGUUUGUCAGAAGUUCAGCUUCCAGAAACACUCCCUUCAUUCUAUGAGGAAUGGACCAGACAGGAUGAUAUUCUUACUAAUGAGGUUCUCAGAACACAUCGAUCAGAGACCUCCAUGCUCCGAUACCUUUACAACUUGCAGAAGAAAGAUAUAUCAUUAGCUGAUUCCAUGAUAUCUCUAGGUUCUUGUACCAUGAAGUUGAAUGCUACUGUAGAAAUGAUGCCGAUAUCAUGGCCUAAGUUUGCAAACAUCCAUCCAUUCGCUCCCAAGGAUCAAGUCAAGGGGUACACUGAGUUGAUUGUUGAACUGGAGAAGGAUCUGGCUGACAUCACCGGCUUCCAUUCUACUACGCUUCAACCCAAUUCAGGGGCUCAGGGUGAAUACACUGGCCUUAGUGUGAUUGCUAAGUAUUUUGAGAGCAAAGGGGAAGCCCACAGAAAUAUUGUUUUGAUCCCAGUAUCCGCUCAUGGCACCAACCCAGCUUCAGCUGCUAUGGCUGGAUUAAAGGUGGUCCCCAUCAAAUGUUUGAAAGACGGUUCUUUGGACCUGCAGGAUCUGGAAACCAAAGCAUCGAAACAUGCCAAGAAUUUGGCUGCUAUGAUGGUUACCUACCCUUCCACAUAUGGACUUUUUGAACCUGGUAUUAUUGAUGCCAUCAAUAUCAUCCAUAACCAUGGUGGUCAAGUAUAUUUAGAUGGUGCUAACAUGAAUGCUCAAGUGGGAUUAACAUCCCCAGGAGACCUGGGAGCUGAUGUAUGUCAUCUAAAUUUACAUAAGACUUUUGCCAUUCCUCAUGGCGGAGGAGGACCGGGUGUUGGCCCUAUUUGUGUUAAGGAGCACCUCACUCCCUUCCUACCCAGUCAUCCGAUAAUUUCUACCACCAACCAGACUGAGCAGAGUAUUAAUCCAGUUGUUGCAGCUCCCUUUGGUAGUGCUUCCAUUUUGCCUAUCAGUUAUGCCUAUAUUAAAAUGAUGGGUGGAAGCAAUUUGCAGUAUUCGUCAAUAAUUGCAAUUCUAAAUGCCAACUAUAUGGUAGCCAAGCUAAAGAACCAUUAUGAAAUUUUAUUCACAGGUGGCGAUGACAAGUACUGUGGCCAUGAGUUCAUUAUUGAUCUUAGACCAUUCAAGAAAUUCGGAAUUGAGGCCAUUGAUGUGGCCAAGCGUCUGCAAGAUUAUGGAUUCCAUGCUCCUACCAUGUCGUUCCCUAUUCCGGGCACAUUGAUGGUAGAACCAACUGAAUCCGAAUACAAAGAAGAAUUAGACAGAUUCAUUGACUCUAUGAUCUCUAUUAGAGAAGAAAUCCGUAAAGUAGAAAACGGAGAAACAGAUGGUGCAAUCUUGCACAACUCCCCACACAACCUAAAAGAUAUUAUUAGCACAAGUGACGCUGAGUGGUCCCAGAGAGGAUACACAAGAGAGGAGGCAGCCUACCCAUUGCCAUUUUUGAAGGAGCAAAAGACAUGGCCCACUGUUUCCAGGGUUGAUGACACUUACGGAGACAUGAACUUGCUGUGUACUUGCCCUUCGGUUGAAGAGGUCGCUGCUAGUCAAUAG